AUGUUUGUCCUGUCCGAGGUCGAUCCCGAUGGUCACGAUAUGAAAGCCAGAUUAGAUGAGCUUACUUACGAUGCAGUUGAGGAAUGGGUCAUUUGUGACAACCGAUUUUGUGAUAUGUGGAAGGAAACUGUGAAAAUUGUUCGAAUAUGUCCUUCAAAUGAAACAAAAAUAGAAAAUAAAAAUAAAAACUGCCUAAAAUAUGCUGAGAAAGCUCAUCUUAACAACUGCAUAGACUAUACAAAAAUCCGAUACCACUGUGUCCUUAAUUCUCAUGGGAAUCAGACGAUUGAGGUGUGUGCACCAGAGAAAAGAAUAAAUGGGUUUUGUGCAGAGUUCAAUGAAGAGGCUGGCGAAAUACUUCCUAAUCACUAUCUAGACUGCUCAUUAUUUACGCCACCCUGCAGGAGUCAUUAUAAUUCACCUGAUGCUUAUCUCUGUACGUACAAUCUUCCCCACUAUCUGUAUUUUAUUAUCUGUGAUACACGUACUUAUAUCUGA